UCCAUAGACAUUAACGAGACCCCCAUAUUGCUUAAACCGAUUACACUGAUUAACUCACUUCUGCUAACUACUGUACCCGGAGCGCAGGUUAGCUGGCUAGCCGGGUAACCGACCUAGUUCAUAACCAGCGAGCGUUAGCGUUACAUCACUUUGGGUCGUGUCCCACCUGGGAAACAGCGGCCUAAAGAAGCCACCGCGUCCCAGUUAAUGCAAUAGGUACUGUGACAUUAGUAUGAUACACUGACCUGUCAAACUAAAACAACAGAGCGAAAGCGGCUGUGACUUAGCAAAAAUUGUUUUUCCGAGGGGGCUGUGUGAAGAAGCGACUGGUUUCAUCGUGCCCUGGUUUUUAGCCAAAAGAAGAGUUAUGUCCUGUCCUUGCACUUCGGCUGCCAGGUUGUUCCUAAACACUGCCCACAGAGGAUUGUCCUGCUCCCGGAUUCAGUUCUUUUCUCUGAGUCGUCAGGGGUCUAGGGAAACACCGUUACCCACCCGGGUACGGGUGAGGUCAUUUUCAGAGACUGCUGUCUGCUAUGCCUCUAAAGAUGGGACAACAAAAGAUGGUGAUGGUGGAAAGAAAAGCAUCAGUGAAGGGAAGAGACUCUCUGGCUCUGGAGGAUCAGGCAAGGGGGGAAGUCAGCUUCGCUGCCCUAAAUGUGGAGAUCCCUGCACACAUGUAGAGACCUUUGUAUCAUCAACACGAUUUGUCAAAUGUGAGAAAUGCCAUCACUUUUUCGUGGUUCUGUCUGAAACGGACUCAAAGAAGGGGCUAAACAAAGAGCCAGAAUCUGCUGCAGAGGCAGUGAAACUGGCUUUUGCACAGAAACCUCCCCCUCCCCCCAAGAAGAUAUAUGCUUAUCUCGACAAGUAUGUUGUUGGCCAGUCCUAUGCAAAAAAGGUGUUAGCAGUUGCAGUAUACAAUCAUUACAAGCGCAUCUACAACAACAUCCCUGCUGGGAGUCGACAGCAGGUGGAGGUGGAGAAACAGCCCUCUCUAACACCUCGUGAGCUAGAGAUGAGAAGACGAGAGGAUGAAUACAGAUUCACAAAGCUGCUGCAGAUUGCAGGGAUCAGCCCUCAUGGAAAUGCUCUGGGAGCGUCCAUGCAGCAGCAGGCGAGCCAACAGGCACCUCAGGAGAAGAGGGGUGGGGAAGUCCUGGACUCCACACACACUGACAUUAAACUGGAGAAGAGCAACAUAAUACUUCUAGGUCCAACUGGCUCUGGAAAAACAUUGUUGGCACAGACACUGGCACGUUGUCUGGAUGUCCCCUUCGCAAUUUGCGAUUGCACCACACUAACUCAAGCUGGAUACGUGGGAGAAGACAUCGAGUCGGUUAUUGCUAAACUGCUGCAAGAUGCCAACUACUCGGUGGAGAAAGCACAGCAAGGUAUUGUGUUCCUGGAUGAGGUUGAUAAGAUUGGCAGUGUGCCUGGAAUCCAUCAGCUGAGAGAUGUGGGCGGAGAGGGAGUCCAGCAGGGUUUGCUUAAACUCUUGGAGGGCACAAUUGUCAAUGUUCCUGAGAAAAACUCCAGGAAACUGAGAGGAGAGACGGUGCAGGUAGACACAACAAACAUCUUGUUCGUUGCAUCGGGUGCCUUCAAUGGACUUGACAGAAUCAUUAGCAGAAGAAAGAAUGAAAAGUAUUUGGGUUUUGGGACUCCUUCCAACCUGGGGAAAGGGCGCCGUGCAGCGGCUGCAGCAGACUUGGCAAAUACCAGUGGUGAGACAGACACAGUGGCAGAGAUUGAAGAGAAGGACCGACUGCUGAAACACGUCGAGGCCAGGGACCUGAUUGAGUUUGGAAUGAUCCCAGAGUUUGUUGGCCGACUUCCUGUGGUUGUUCCUCUGCACAGCCUGGAUGAAGAAACACUAGUCCGAAUCUUGACUGAACCACGCAACGCCGUAGUGCCUCAGUACCAGGCUCUGUUCAGCAUGGACAAAUGUGAUCUCAAUGUGACUCAAGAUGCAUUGAGGGCCAUAGCCAGGAUGGCUCUGGAGAGAAAAACUGGGGCUCGUGGGCUCAGAUCCAUCAUGGAAAAACUCCUUCUGGAGCCCAUGUUUGAGGUGCCACACUCUGACAUCGUGGCUGUUGAACUGGACAGAGAUGUUGUCCAAGGAAAAUCCCAACCCAGAUAUAUCAGAACUCCAGCCAAGGAGUCAGCAGAAGAGGAAUACGACUCGGGUAUCGAGGAGGAAAACUGGCCUCGACAGGCAGAUGCUGCUAACAACUGAACCACGCGUCACACUCAUUUCACCUAAAGACAGUACUGUCUGAAAUCAUUAGAUUACUAUGAGCCCUUGGAUACCAACUCUGGGUUUUAUUAUAGCCCCUGACAAACAAGCUGUGGACAUUGUAGUAGAAGUAAUGAAGGCUUCUGGUUCUCAGUGAGGAGUGUUUUCAUGAUGAACAAGUUAAAAAGAGCGUAACAACCUUUGGUCCUGUGCAUCAGACGUUAAUUCUCUAGUGGUGCACUGACACGGUGGACCUUUAUAAAAUAUUUCAAUCUCUGGGGAUUGUUAACAUUUUAUCUAUAUAAAGAUAAUGCAAUUUUAUUCAUGAAAGGAUGUGUAGGUAGUUAUUUGUUUUCUCUUUUUGUGGUGAUGGGCUGUAAUGGCAAGGGAAGCAAAUGGAAAUUAUGGGAUCAUACUGUACACUUGAAAAAUGUGGGGGUACUGAGAAAGUGUAGAUGUGAUGUUACCAUGUCAAGUAAUGCCUUAUAUCAUAAGGGCAUAAUAUUCCAUGAGCACAUCAAUAUUUUGAUGUUUUUCUUCUUUACCACCAUUGUAAUAAUGGUGCUCACAGAGAAAUCGGGCUGUAAAUGUUGAGCUACGCUGCUUAGGUAGCAUUUGUAAGCAGUUUGUAUGACCUGACCUCUAAUUAGGAGAACAUAUUGUGAAGUGUAAAGCACCAGCACACCAAACACAGCAGGUGAAAAAUAAUGGUGACCUUUUAAAACUACCAGAAUGGUUAUUUUUUCAGUGUUUUGCUUCCUCUUCUAGCCCACGCUUUAGGGAAUGUAUAUGUGUUUACUGACAGACCUCUGUCAUCACUGAACUGGAUCAGGUGGCUGUUUCACAAAGCAGGAUUAGCAGGUUAGCUCAGGAACUUCAAAAGUGUUUAUUAAGUAUCCUCUGAAGUUUUGUUUUAUAGUAGUUACCCUUUAAUAUUCAUGACUGAAAUAUAUUCCCAAAUCAGGUAUUCAAAUCUUCCGUCAGACAUAUAAUUUCUUUCACAUUUAGGUGGCUGCCCCUCUAAGUCUGCUUUGUCCAACACCCCUCCAAGCAGCAGGUAUUUUUACUUUCUUUGUAUGUUCCCCAGCGUUGGAAACUCACAUGUAGUGAUGUAAUAUCCUGUUACUAAAUAGUACCUCAAUUCACGUCUGUAAUCAAGUCUCUACCUAAAUGCUCUUAGACUGAACCACACUGCUGUACUCUUUAAUGUGCUGUUUGUGCUAUAAAAUGAGAUUAAACUAGAUCUCUUCUUUUGC